GAUUUCGGCGCAUGCGCAGAGGCGGCAGUGCCCGCAGUCGGCUGCGAGCAGCAGAGACGAUGGCGAGCUGAGAGCGGCGGGUAAUUAAAAACACCCACUCCAAGGCCUGAGAAGUGUUUGGCAUGGAGGAAACAGAAGGGGAGGCCGAGCAGGCAGACCAGUGCCCGGGCGAGAGCGAACCACCGACAGGCGGCGGAGCCCUGGGCGUCAUCAAGGAAGGUGUGGGGGAGGCCCUUAUUGACUCUGAGGUGGCCAAGCGGGCCUGCCAGGAGGUGCUGGAAAAAGUCAAGCUCCUGCGGGGCGUCUCGACGGAGACAGUGGAGGAGGCAGAGGGCCGCAGCAGUGUGCCCAACGGUGUCGCCAGCAAUGGCGAGCAGGCCAAAGUCCGGGUGGUGGAAGAAGAUGGGACAGCGGCAGUGGGCAACACAGUUAAGAAUGCCCGGAGGCGUCAACGGUACAACUCAGCCAAGCAGUCGUGGCUGCUCCGGCUCUUCGAGUCCAAGCUCUUCGACAUCUCCAUGGCCAUCUCGUACCUCUACAACUCUAAGGAGCCAGGUGUGCAGGCGUACAUCGGUAACAGACUCUUCAGCUUCCGCCAUGAGGAGGUGGACUUCUACUUGCCCCAGCUGCUCAACAUGUACAUACAUAUGGACGAGGACGUCGGCGAUGCUAUCAAACCCUAUGUGGUGCACCGCUGCCGCCAGAGCAUCAACUUCUCCCUCCAGUGUGCCUGGCUUCUGGGCGCCUACUCCUCGGACAUGCACAUCUCCGCCCAGCGCCACUCCCGCGGCACCAAGCUGCGCAAGCUCAUCCUCUCCGAUGAACUGAAGCCAGCCCACCGGCGCAAGGAGGUGCCACCGGUCAACCCCGCCGGCGACACGGCGCAGUCACCCUCCAAGCGGACCCAUCAGAGAUCCAAGUCAGACGCUACAGCCAGUAUCAGCCUGGGCAGCAACCUGAAGAGGACGGCUAGCAACCCAAAAGUGGAGAGGCAGCAGGAGGAGGCGCUUUCGUCCAGUAAUGAGAGUAUUGGUAGAGAUGACCGCACUCAACCUGCCAGGCUGGCACCCGAGAGAGAGUUUAUCAAGUCACUCAUGGGUAUUGGCAAACGGCUGGUCACCCUGCACACCAAGGAACAGAAGACGCAGAGGCUCAUCUCAGAGCUGUCACUGCUGAAUCACAAGCUUCCGGCCCGGGUCUGGCUCCCGACGUCUGGCUUUGAUCACCACGUGGUGCGAGUUCCUCAUAACCAGGCCGUCGUUCUCAACUCCAAGGACAAGGCACCCUACCUGAUCUACGUGGAGGUGCUGGAGUGUGACAACCUGGAGGCUUCGGCCAUCCCUACCCGCAUCCCGGAGAACCGGAUCCGCAGCACGCGCUCGGUGGAGAAUCUGCCCGGCUGUGGGUCCGGUUCUGGCCAUGAGCAGCGAGCCCCCACCUUCACCACUGUGGCCAACUACGACAAUGACGACGAGGCCUGGUCCGUGGAUGACAUCGGUGAGCUGCAGGUGGAGCUACCUGAAGUCCACACCAACAGCAGCGAUAACAUCUCCCAGUUUUCUGUGGAUAGCAUCACGAGUCAGGAGAGCAAGGAGCCAGUCUUUAUAGCUGCUGGUGAUAUCAGGCGACGUCUCUCAGAGCAGCUAGCCCACGCACCCACUACGUUUAAACGGGACCCCGAAGACCCCUCUGCUGUGGCCCUGAAGGAACCGUGGCAGGAGAAAGUCAGGCGAAUCCGAGAGAAUUCUCCCUACGGCCACUUCCCGAACUGGCGGCUGCUCUCGGUCAUAGUCAAGUGCGGUGACGAUCUUCGCCAGGAGCUCCUAGCUUACCAGGUCCUAAAGCAACUGCAGGCCAUCUGGGAGCUGGAGCGAGUGCCACUCUGGAUCAAGCCCUACAAGAUCCUGGUGAUCUCUGCGGACAGUGGGAUGAUCGAGCCAGUCGUGAACGCAGUGUCGCUCCACCAGAUCAAGAAGCAGUCCCAGCUCUCCCUGCUGGACUACUUCCUGCAGGAACAUGGGAACUAUACCACUGAGGAAUUCCUGUCCGCCCAACGCAGCUUCGUCCAGAGCUGCGCUGGCUACUGUUUGGUCUGCUACCUUUUGCAGGUCAAGGACAGACACAAUGGCAACAUUCUGCUGGACUCAGAGGGGCACAUUAUUCAUAUUGACUUCGGCUUCAUCCUCUCCAGCUCGCCCCGAAAUCUGGGCUUUGAGACGUCUGCAUUCAAGCUCACCAACGAGUUUGUUGAUGUCAUGGGAGGCCCAGAUGGGGACAUGUUCAACUACUACAAGAUGCUGAUGUUGCAGGGAUUGAUCGCGGCAAGGAAGCACAUGGACAAAGUAGCUCAAAUCGUGGAGAUUAUGCAACAAGGCUCCCAGCUCCCAUGUUUCCACGGUUCAGGAACAAUUCGGCAUCUCAAGGAGCGUUUCCACAUGAACUUGACUGAGGAGCAGCUUCAGGGACUGAUUGAGCAGAUGGUAGAUGGCAGCAUGCGGUCACUGACCACGAAACUCUACGAUGGCUUCCAGUACCUCACCAAUGGAAUCAUGUGAUACUUUUACCCCCCCCCCCCCCCCCACCACCACCACCACCCACUCGCCUCCAGGGCAAGGAGAAGGGGUGGGGAUGCAGAGAAAGACUGCAAUCUCUUGACUGAGAGCAAGUUCACUGCUUCCACGCCUGAGGACUUCAAACCCCAGCCAGCACAGGUUGUCAAGGGAAGCACCAGUAUCCAAGGACAAUUAGAUGCUGUUUCUCUGUGGGUUUCAGGAGUAGCAAUUAACCUGGAUCUCAUUCCCACCUCCUAAUUCCCAGUACCGGAGAGAAUUGCAUUGUGUCCUUCUCCUCGACGGAAGGAUCCAUUCCGAGCACCCAGUAACCCUUCCCUCCCACCCAUCUUUGUGUUCGGAAGCCUCCUGCGUUUUGAAGAAAGCCUUUUGUAUCAAAUCUAAGGCUGACCCGAACAAGGAAGGGAGAGCAUCAGAUCCUGCUGCUACUUCCAGAAGAGGGCAAGGAGAGUUCUUGGCGGCCAACAUCCUAUCCUGGUGUUUCUGCAGAAUGUUCAUUCCUCAACCAUGUUCAUAUAUAUUUAUAUAUUAUAUCUAUAUUCUGGAUAAUAUAUAUAUAUAUAUAUAUUGUAUAACUAAACAUGGUCUAAUCUGUCCAGGUCAAUGCCAAAGUUUGGGACCUUGCUCUGCACAAAUUGGCUGCACUCUCCCUAGCGUUGCAAAACAGAUGUUUGAUUUGGCUGCAGUGUUUUGGGACACAGUGAGAAACCUUGUUUCAGACCCCCGAAGGUGUCCUUUUCCACGCACGAUCAUCUGCCACUACUCCAAGAAAGCACCACUCCUGACAAGAAACAAAAUUAACUCAUUGACCCUCCAGUGUGGAGAUGUGUGUCACCAUAGACCAACUUUUCAGACAGCAAAACCCUCACCACCUCUUUUCCUCACCUCAUGCUGAUUCUAACCAAGAAUGGUCUCCUUAAAGCACCUCAAAGCAAACAUCACAACACAGCUUAGACUUUAUCCCCUUCUCCCCAAGUGUUUUUGUUUUGUUUAUAUGUGUAUUUGCGUGAGUCAGUGAUUUUUUUUUUAAACUUAGUUUUUCCUUCCUCAUUGGUAAACAGGACAUUUGCAAAGUCAGGUGUGUAGAAACUUCCUUGUUAUGUUUGUCCAUUUUGUACUGUUAUAACAACUGUGACUAUUCAGUUGGCCAUGAAGCACUUUUGGGCAUCAUGAAAGAUCGCAGGUCUUUCCUCUUUGAUAGAGAGAUACAAGUCCAUUCAGAGGUACUGGCUUGGGAGUGUAUUUCCCUUUCAGUUUUUAUGCCUUCAUUCAACGAGGUUUGCUCCCUCUGCAGCUGUCAUUUUGGUGUUCAUGCACGGUAACUGGUUCUGUUGUAAUUACCCACUUCUGUGGUGGAACUGGAGCGGUGUUGACAGCCUUCUGCUAUAAAACCCAUGCCUCGGCUUGGUUCAGUGAGAAAGCAUGAUGUUUGGUAUGUCCUGUCAUCCUGGGAGUUGGUUCACCCCAUGGUCCCACCUUUGAUGGUCUUGUCUGUCUGUAGAUUGGGCUUUGGUUAGGCUGGGUAAAGGGCAGAGAAAUUAACCAGCUGAUAAUCUUGAUCAGCUGUUCCUGAGUUUCCACCCAACUCUUCUUCCUAACACCCCAACUACAGUUCAGUUACUGAUACUGUCCUCCAGUUAGAACAAUCGAGGGACUGUUGGCUGACGAACCUUUAUACAUCCCAUCUUCCUUCCCAUGGGAAAACAGUUUCCUUGCUUGCUGUGAUGAGGAUGAGGAUCUCUGUCUUACUGAGGGAUCGUGAGGUAGAGACCCUUAUGAGGUGGGAUAGGAGUGGAUCAAUUCUGAGUCCGUCAAGAGGUGGAAAUCUACAAGGAAGGCUUUGAGGUUCUCAUGAAGGUUAAGUCACUAUGGAUUUAGUGUCUCACUAAAUUGGGAUGGGUUAGAGUGAAUCAUAAUUUCUGUUCUCAUGUUCCCCCUCCCCGUUACACAAUGCAAUACACCCUUUCUUUUGGGAGUGCAGAUAAUAGGGAGACAAGAUUUACCCAUCUCUCUUCUUCUGCUGCAGGGGAAAUACCAGCCUCAGGGCAGUGUCCCAUGUUUGUUAUUUUUUGUUCUCUUCCUGGAAUAAUGAGAUAAAUCUGUCCUUUCUCUCCCAUACUUGCCCCUCUCCCAGUCAGUCAUCUCCCUCCUUGGACAAACAGUAACUGGAGGGGCAGUUGCUUCCUGCAGAAAAGUGAGGGGUUUCCAUGAAUAUCUUUGUUCAGCCUGGCCCCAAAUAUGGCCUGGAUAAAACGAGCUCCUUGAAUUCAAAUCACUCUCUGCUUUUGUUGACAUUCUGAUGAUUGUCUGUUAGUGGCCAGUCCUGUUUACCCCUGAUAGAAAUACCCAAACCCUCAUCACUCACCUCCACCAAUCGUCUGUUAAAACCCUCAUCACUCACCUCCACCAAUCGUCUGUUAAAACCUUCAUCACUCACCUCCACACAUCACUCUUUGAUAACUUGCCGUAGCUCCUGCCUGUCAUGUCCCAACCUCGAGAGGGGUAAAUGUUUGAGAGGUUAAAAAUUUCUUUUGCACAGGCACAGCCAGUGUUUGAUAAACACUCACAAUCUGUUUAACAUCAGUCAUGAAUCACAUGGUUCUUGUACAUACACCAAGCUCUGUGCACAUGCAUCGAGAUGUGCAGUCUUCGUACACGGUGACUGGCACAUGCACACACUGACAAGACAAGGCUUGGACACACACAAGUUGAGACCAAUCCACAGUACACAUAUACAUGCAUGGCAGAUCGCACACGCACACACAUACGUGUGCAUACAUACACACACCACUCAUCUAAUGCGUGUCCAUAUGUCAACAAUUGACAAGCAUGCACAGAGUCUUCACAGGACAUGGUAGUUUUGUGAAGCUUCAUUGCCCACCGCCACUCAACCCAGUAAAGGGAAGCAGAUAGUAUUGUGAUGUAAGUAAAACCCCUUGCCUCAAUGCAUUGGGAAUUGGGCUCGGGUGUAAUCUGCCAAAGUGGGUGAAGUCACAACCAAGAUGCAAAUUAACCCUUCCAUCUGCUCCAAUUUCAAAGUUAUGGCAUGGGAAUUUUGUCCUUAGAAUGGAUUAGAUCUCGCUGGUCAGGCUGUUUAUUUGUUAUAUUUGGUUCCUAUCUGUUGAGGAAUUACCUGUAAGGUGCAAACUGCCGGUAGCAAGUUCUCCCCUGGUCCUGGACCAACUCCUUUUCAUAAAUCAACAUCAGCAGAGAAUGGAUUAACUGCCCCUUUGGUUUGCACAUUCUCCCUCCCACUUACCCAAGGAAGGACCAUUUUGUAGGUGUAUUUCAAACAGGAGUGAUGUAACUUGUUCUGGGUGUCUUUGGGACAGUGUAGGGAAGUUCCCUGUUCCAUGAGAGUGAUGGGACGGUGUGGAGGGAGCUUCAGUUUGUGUCUGACCCCAGGAGUACGUGAUGGGACAGUAUAGAGGGAGCUUCACUCUGUGUCUGUCCCUGAGAGUGUGUGAUGGGAUGGUGUAGAGGGAGAUUCACUCUGUGUCUGACCCUGAGAGUGUGUGAUGGGAUGGUGUGGAGGGAGGGGAGGUGAGUCAGUGGUCAGGAAAGUGCUCUCUGCCACCACUACCACCACCCAGUUACACAGAUUAGAGUAAAGAGCCAGCCAUUAAAGAUUGGCGUGUAGAUUUGUCUGUUUACUUAAGUGAAGGAGACACAAGAGGGAGUGUUGUACAUAUUAUAAAACUGUAUUUAAAUUGCUCUUUUAUAUAUACAUAUACAUAUAUAUAUAUAAGCAAUGCACGAUUUGAAAUUUAGUUUUCUGUUGUAAAUCUGAUACUAAAUUCUCUCAAAACGAGCAGACAAUGUGAAGAUGGGAUUUAAAACAGCAUUUUUGCUGUGUCCAGUGCUCCUUCUCCACAGCUGCAUAGAUUUUAUUGCUGUACAGGUUUCGCCUCUGUCGUAAUAACAGUUUUCUGCGUCCGCUGUUUUCUUUGUUUACCCAUCCCACACACACUGCCCCUCCCAACUCUUUAUUUUGGCCCCUCAUGUUUUGUAUAUGUUGUCUUGUGACUCAUUAAAACACCUCCUGUGAAAUCGA